AUGUCCGAAACCUCUGCUUAUAUCAAUCAUGUAGCUAACGUAACUAGUAGUGCUAUUGGUGUAGCAAAAAUUUUUUCAUCUACCGCUUCUGUUGUUGCUGAUGCUAUUUAUCUUAGAGAAAUUGAAGGUGGUAUUACUAAUAUCACCGAUAAUAUAACUCAAAUUAAUUCAAAAUUGGAUGACAUUACUCAAUUAAAUUUAGCUUGGCAAAAAAAAUUAUUAAAUAAUGAUGAAAAUAUUUUUGAAUCUGCUUUGAUUAAAAUGACUGAUUUAUAUGAUCCUCCUGAACCAGUAAAACGUGGAAAAAUUUCAAAAAAAACUUUAAAUUACGAUGAUGUGGCUGUUAAAGAAAAAUUUUUUGAAUCAAAUGAUCAAGAUCUUAUUAAAGAUAUUCUUACUAAAAUUGCUAAUUUUACUUUAAGUCGUGGUUUUAAUGAUCCUACUAAAAAUGUAUUACCUACUAUUGAAAUGGUAAGAUGGAUGGCUCCUGAAAAAUUAAUUGAUCAUGAAAAGAAUCCUUACACUAUAAAGUGUGAAAUAUAUAGGUACAAUGAAAGAGAUAUAUUAGAAAUUCGUAAUUUAGUAUUAGUAAAAAAAGUUCGUCCAUCAUUUAGUAUCGGUGUUCCUACUGAGUAUUCAAAAAUCUCUUAUCAAUCAAUGCAAGAAAGUCCAAAUGCUCGUCCUGCUCUUAAAAAUAUAUUUAUGACUAUUUAUAGUCUUAAUCAAAAAUUUCAUCCUAAAUCUUCUCCAAAACCUGGUCUAUCUCGUAUGCCUACUGAUGAAGAUUUACCAGAUGUGGAUCCUAAUGAACUUUCUUUGGAUGAUUUAACUUUAGAUUUAAAUGUUUUAAGUAUGAAAGAAGCUAUUGCUGAACAUAGGAAAAAGAAUGGCGAUAAAUUAAAAGUAUGGGAUGCAUUUAAAGUACAUGCUGAUGAAUUUGGUGAUAUUACUGCGAGAUAUUGGGUAGGAUACUAUCUUUAUUAUGGACUUUGCCCGAUUGAUGAUCCUAAUGAUGAAAAUAAGAAAUGUCAACGUUUAGAAAAAGCUGCAGCAUUAUUUAAAGAAGCAGCAGAUUCAGGUUUAGCCGAUGCUCAAUUACGUUAUGGACAUUGUUUAUGGUUAGGAGAAGGUAUCCAAAAAAAUAUAAAAGAAGCAAUUGAAUAUUUUCAAAAGUCAGCAGAUAACGGUAAUACUACUGCAUUAUAUAAUAUUGGUAAUUUAUAUUAUAAUGGGUCAGCAGGAGUUUCUCAGGAUAAGGAAUUAGGGAUUAGAUAUUUAAGAAAGGCUGCUCUGCAAGGACAACCUAAAGCAUUGGAUAUGUGUAAAAGGAAAGAGAUUGGAUUGGUGGGUUAG